AAUGUUUGUUAUUGUUGUUGAUUCGAUACCGGUGUUUCAGUUCUCUUUCACGUAUCGAAAGUAAAAGCACUAUUUUGGAUAUAUCAAUAUUUAUAACUUGAAAGGUGACAAUCACUUCCUGACGGGCAUCAGAAAAUUGUUAGACAACAGUACAGUUUUGAGAAUGGCUCGGCAAAGAAAGGAGCAACCCACUGCUAUCAAACAUUAUUUGAUUUUGUACAAUUCUGUGCAGUUUUUAGGAUGGUUCUACAUAUUCAUCCAAUUUCUUAUGCAUGUCUUCCUUGAGGGAAAACCAACCACUGAGUUAUGGCAUCGUGUCGGAUUAGCCACUUACUAUUUUCAAGUGCUAACUAUUGCUGAGUUCUUCCACGCUCUAUUUCGACUGGUUCCCAGCAACCCCUUAAUCACGCUGCUUCAAGUAUUUGGUAGAUGUAUGGUGGUGGUGGCUGCCAUUGAAGGAACUCCAGACGGCAAAGUAUCCCCCGGACUGCCAAUAGCCCUAUUCUGCUGGAGUUUGAUGGAAACCAUUCGCUACAGCUAUUACGUACUACAUCUAGCUCUCGCCAGGGUUCCCUACUUUAUGACUUGGCUGCGGUACACUAUUUUCAUUCCUCUAUAUCCAACCGGGUUCAUCGGUGAGCUGCUUUGCUUCUAUUGGGCCCAGUCGCACUUCCGCGAGACGGACAAAUGGAGUCUUUCGAUGCCGAACCGAUUCAACUUCACGUUCUCGUUUUACUACUUUGCCUGGAUCAUGGGUAUCGGUUAUCUGCCAAUGUUCCCUCAGAUGUAUCUGCAUAUGUUUGGUCAGCGCCGGAAGAUUCUGUCUGGUGAGAAACAGAAGAGGAAAUGACUUCCGGUUAGCCGGAUAGAUUUGUGAUGGGCUUAAAUUCAAUGCAGCAAUUGAUCAUAAAACAUAUAACAUUUCUUACAUGUGAAACAGUACAAUGCAUCAAUAUUUUAGAAUAAUAAAAAAGAUCAAAAACAAAAACGCUA